AUGGUUACUCAGGAGAUGGUGUUAUUUGUGCAGAUAUCAACGAAUGCCGAUCGGACGACCUCGCGUCAAUCCACAGUCACUUCGCGCACAACUGUCAUGUUGAUGCUAACUGUACCAACACUAAAGGAUCAUUCUACUGUACGUGUCUUAAUGGUUAUUCUGGUGAUGGAGUGGCUUGUAAAUUUAUUCCUUUCCUUUUCAGAUAUCGAGGAAUGCGAAAAAGAAAUAGAUAAUUGUCACGUGGAUGCAAACUGUACCAACACCAGAGGAUCAUUCUCCUGCACGUGUCAUACGGGAUACUCUGGAGAUGGAGUCAUGUGUGAUGACAUUGAGGAGUGUUUUCCUGGUCAGAUAUCUGAUGAAUAUCUUCAACUUGCUCAUGAUUGCCAUGCUGAUGCCAACUGCACCAACACCAAAGGAUCAUUCUACUGCACGUGUCAUACGGGAUACUCUGGGGAUGGAAAUACGUGUGUUGAUGUGGAUGAAUGUUUUCCUGAUCGGAUAUCUGAUGAAUAUCUUCAUCUUGCUCACAACUGUCACGUGGAUGCCAACUGUACCAACACUGAAGGAUCAUUCCAUUGCACGUGUCAUACGGGAUACUCUGGAGAUGGUGUCGUGUGUCUAGACAUCAACGAAUGUGACCCAUCUGGAUUAUCAUCUGAGUAUCAACACUUGGCUCACAUUUGUCAUGAUGAUGCUAACUGUACAAACACAAAAGGAUCUUACCACUGCGCAUGCCUGAAGGGAUACUCUGGUUCAGGGGAACACUGUACAGGUAGAGUUACAAGAUUGCAUUUUUAGCAGAAGGAGUGGGCAGUAAGAGAUAAGAGUACCACUUUAUUCAAUAAAACAAAUCAAGCCUCCAACUUGGUAUAUUAUCUUUUCUCGAUUACUGGGACGUACGUGUCAAAAGGCUAGAUGUGAGUUAAAUAAUGUGCAUAGCUUGUUCCUGGAAGUCAGAAUGCUGAAUAGCAAACUGAGGAGAGGGAAGAUAGAUUCAUUGUAACUGAGAAUGAUGACGAAUUGAGAAGAUGGUAAUACAAUUCUUGAGAGUAUCUACAGGUACGGUCGUCAAAAUGAUUUUGAUAUUUUGUCUUCACUAGACAUCGAUGAAUGUGCUUCUGGAACCCAUAAUUGUCAUUCUGAUGCCAACUGUACCAACACCAAAGGGUCAUUCUACUGUACCUGUCAUACGGGAUACUCUGGAGACGGAGUCACUUGUAAUGGUAAG